UUACGUUGGUAGGAAGUGAUGCUUCCGUGAGCGGGUUGUGAUGGAACUCCGCCUGGGCGACGUUAUGACAAUAUUUAAUGGUUACAGUGACAUUGUUUACAUUUUAAAGGCUUGACAGUAAAAUGCCACUGCUCGUAGCUAGCCAGCAGCUAGCUGUUAGCUUCGCUCCGCUCGUCGUUCCGCUGCAGUGCCGCUCAGUGUCCGACCAGAAGAUGACGACGAGGGUUUAAAUGUCAGCUCGGAGACGGUGCAUUCCGUCCGCGAACACAGACAUGGCCUCCCAGCUCCAGGUGUUCUCCUCUCCCUCCGUGUCCUCCAGUGUCUACCCACGCUCAAAGAAGCUUAAGGUCGAGAACCCUACCUGGGAUGUGAGCAGCCAGUUGGGAGAUAAUGGUUACUACCGACAGAGCCCCAGCCAGAGGUCUGUACCAUCUACAUCUGGCUCCAGCUUCAACCAGGUGUACAAUUCCAACCAGGUGCACCCACUCACAGCAGGCUCCCGAGAGCAGACAGUUGUACGGGCAGCAGACAGCACAGGCAGCCUUCACAGGCAGCCCUCAUCAUCUACGUCAUCGUCCUCUUCUAUCCGUCGUAUUAAGGAUGCGGCAUCCUCCUCCCAGCCUUGCGAGCUCUUUCACAAACAGUACAGUUUGAAGAGAAAGAGUGAGGAGGUGGACAGCAGUGACAGUGUCCAGAUACUGGAAGAACUUUCAGCCCCAGUGGUCUCAAACCGCACUGGUGGUGGCGGCGGGGGAACCACCACAGCUCAGUCCAUAGCACAUUCCACUUCUACCACGAAGAGCAGCAACUCCCACAGCGAGGGCGACUACCAGCUGGUGCAGCAUGAGAUCCUGUGCUCCAUAUCCAACAGUUACGAAGUGCUGGAGUUUCUGGGACGAGGGACAUUUGGCCAAGUGGCAAAAUGCUGGAAGCGAGGCACAAAUGAGAUAGUGGCCAUCAAAAUAUUGAAGAACCAUCCCUCUUAUGCUCGACAAGGUCAAAUUGAAGUGAGUAUCCUCAGCAGGCUGAGCACAGAGAACGCAGAUGAGUUCAACUUUGUCCGCUCAUAUGAGUGUUUCCAGCACAAGAACCACACGUGCCUUGUGUUUGAGAUGCUGGAGCAGAACCUUUACGACUUCCUGAAGCACAGCAAGUUCAGCCCUCUGCUGCUCAAGUGCAUACGACCGAUCCUGCAGCAGGUCGCCACGGCGCUGAUGAAGCUGAAAAGCCUGGGGUUGAUCCAUGCUGACCUGAAGCCUGAAAACAUUAUGCUGGUGGAUCCUUUGAGGCAGCCCUACAGAGUGAAAGUCAUUGAUUUUGGUUCUGCAAGCCAUGUGUCCAAAGCCGUUUGCUCCACCUACCUGCAGUCGCGGUACUACAGAGCUCCAGAGAUUAUUUUGGGUCUUCCUUUCUGCGAAGCGAUCGACAUGUGGUCUUUAGGCUGCGUCAUUGCUGAGCUUUUUUUGGGAUGGCCGCUCUAUCCUGGUGCCUCAGAGUACGAUCAGAUCCGUUACAUUUCCCAGACUCAAGGACUUCCAGCAGAAUACCUGCUGAGUGCGGGAACCAAGACGAGCCGGUUUUUUAACAGAGGUCCUGACUCAAGUUAUCCCCUCUGGAAACUCAAAACACCGGCAGAGCAUGAGGCAGAGAUGGGAAUUAAGUCAAAGGAGGCAAGAAAAUACAUCUUCAACUGCCUGGAUGAUAUGGUGCAGGUAAACAUGACAAAUCUGGAGGGCACAGACAUCCUGGCAGAAAAGGCUGACAGACGGGAGUUCAUAGACUUACUGAAGAAGAUGCUGACACUCGACGCAGACAAACGGAUCACACCCAUGAAGACGCUAAACCACCCUUUUGUCACCAUGACACACCUGCUGCACUUUCCUCACAGCUCACAUGUGAAGUCCUGCUUCCAGAAUAUGGAUAUAUGCAAACGCAGAUGCCCCGCCUUUGAGAAUGGAAAAAAUAUGUUUGCCAGCAACAGCACCCCCAGUGCAGCCGCCAACCUCACCGUCACCUUUAGUAGCCAACUAAACCAGCACAAUCAGAUGGGUUCUGCAGGUGGUCAGUCCCUGUCUCUUAGCAGUAACGUCCCACUGCUAAAUUAUCAGCCUGGCCUGUACCAGCAGGCCACCAUCAACAUCCCUGGACUGGCCCAGCAGGGAGUUCCCCUGCAGACCAGACCCACCCAGCUCUGUGCCCAGACAGAGCCUUUCCAGCAGACGCUCAUCGUUUGUCCACCGACGAUCCAGGGGCUUCCAACAUCCAAUAAACCCUCUGGAUAUCCAGUGAGAAUGGACAACUCAGUACCCUUAGUUCCUCAGAACCAGUCAUCUCAGUCACUUCACAUCCAGCCUGGCAUGUUAGCACAGGGCUCCUUCGACCCCAUGAUGCUUGGUAACCUGUAUGCCCCAGUGGCAGGAAUGCCUUGCUUACACCCGCUCCCACUGCCAGGUGGCGGCUUGGGUGGAAAGUCUGGUGGCUUUUUGGAUAAGAAUGCCUUCAUGCUGCAGGGCUGGCCAGCAGGAACUCAGCAGAUCCUCAUCCCUUCCACCUGGCAGCAGAUGCCAGGCAUGACCAUCCAUAACCCUGGGCAGGCCGUCGUUCCUGACUCACCAAUGGCAGCUCCCGUCCUCGACAGUCAGCAAGCUUCUGGCUGGAGAGGUCGCCAUGCCAACCAGUAUGAUGGUGUCAGCCAGCAGGAGUCCAGUGUGGGCCGUCACGCUGCGUCCCAAAGUCACAGCUCAAGAGCCACUCAGUCGAGAUCCCAACAAGGCAAGCGGUCCAAGGCCCGCCACGCUGACACCAGAACCAGACCGCUGUCCUCUGUUCAUUCGACCACCACUGUAAUCCACAACUCCCCCUCCUAUGUCGGCAACCAGUCUCAGCCAAUCAUCAUCUCUGACACGCCGAGUCCUGCUGUCAGCAUCAUCACCAUCCACAGCGACUCAGAAGAUGAGGAUGACAGGAAGAUCCCUGCUGCUUGCUCUGGAACCAGCCAGAGGACCAACGUGAUUAGCUGCGUGACGGUGCAUGACUCCCACGACUCGGACUCUUCUACCAGCAGCCCUUUGAGUCUGAAGGCCAGCUCACAGCACACAAAGUCCCUGACCAUCACUACUCCCUCUGUCAAGAGCCAGUCUGGGCAAAGUACUAUCUACAAAGCUCCUUUAGCUCCAGAUCAAGGAAUUACAGGCACUGGAAAGUCCAAGAAAGGGUCCAUUCAGCAGACUGGCCGAUCAGUAGAUCCCAACACUGACUGCAAUCAAAGAGCUGCAUCCAGCAGAUCUCAGCCUCUUAACUUGAGCCAGGUGCAGCAGUCUAUGAUGAUACCAUCCCAUGACCAAACAGGAAGUACUAGUUCCCUGAGGCGGCAGCCCACAUACCCGCCUCCUGUGUCCUCUCACUCGUCCUACCGGCUUCACGAAGGCUCCCUCUUUGGCUCAACCCCAAACCUGUAUGCCUACCCGGCAUCUGCUGCACUUGCCUCUGUUUCCCAAGCUGUAGACCACAUGCAAGGGGCUCCAUCCCGUCACAGCAGGGCCAGUGGGGCGUACUCCUCAAUGGCCCUGCUCCAAAGGAAUGGCAGCCUGGCUCUCGGAGGUUCUGCCUCGGGACAGUACAGCAACCACCACCCCCAACAACAGCAGCAGCAGCAACACCACCUGGGAGGGCAGCACUUCCAUCGCUCCUCUGCUCCGUACCAACGAAAACUCAACCAUUACCCAUACCUGGAAAGACUGAUGGCUGACUGAGAGACAAAUUGGCUUCAUAGCACAAAGGUGAUAGGAGCACAAACGAGUCACAGGCCACUUCGGUAAGAUUAGUUUUUAAAUGUGCUUUCUCCUUUAUUGUUAAGUCCUUGGUUUUAGAAUGUCCUGAUUAUUUCAUUAAUCAAUAAUGAUGUCAUCAGAAUUUGUUUUAAUCAUGGCAAUUUUUAAAAAAUAUUUGUGUUGCAUCUUAACUGCAACAAACAGUGCAGAGUGUAACUUAAUGACAACUAUUGGAGCCUUCGUUAUCGAACCAAUUCCAGAUUUUUGAUCCCAUCUGACUCGUAGGUUUCAGACGGUAUUGGUGGAAUCUCGAGGUUCUGUCUGGGCUCUGUGGAGUUAAAUGCUCUCUUCACAGGAUUAAUUUUUUUAAAUUCUAGGUUCUACUUGUCGACAUUUUCCGAAAUGGCACUUGAAAUUGUACUUCAGCUGGAAAACUGUGUGGAGGUGGAAUUUGCAGAUCAGCCAAUAGUGCAUCAGUUUUCCUGUAACUUCUAAAUGAAAAGUAGAACAAGCAGGAGAAGACUGACGUGUCCUUAGUAUGCACUCUGCACGUUUUAUUAGGUAGAAAUAUGCUGAACACGUCUAAAAAUGUUUAGUACCAACUGUGACAAAAGUCGUUCUUCCUUGUUUGUUUACAUUUGAAAUCGUGCGCUUAGAAGACUGAGGUCAGAAUUUUUGGGGGGAACGUUCGAUGGCACCGUGGUCGCGGCCCACCACACUUUACACGCUGCACUGUAUAACAUUUUUGAUUCCUUGUGUUGAAAAACACAAGCUGGACUCUUUAGCACUAACGUAAGCUGCUCUUAUUUAAAUUAAUGUUUUAAGCCUUAAGGGGGCACUUUGUUCAUUUUGUCAGGAUGCUGUGAGAUCAGAUUAAUAUGUUGUGUGUUUUGAUUUCUGAGUGUACUGUGCUUGUUAUCUAUACAAUGGAAACAAAUGGAGAAAUUGAUGUUCUGUGUAAUGUCACUGUCUUGAAUGUUUCUUUCAUUGUGUGAUGAGUCAGUUUUUUAAUGUUUAGUGUGUUGAAUGGUUCAGUACACAUCAGUGUAAAUUAAGGUGUGGUAUUUAAAAGGUUUUUGGUUUUUUUUUGGCCGUUUUACUGAUGAUUGCAUGUGUCCCAUUUGUAGUAUCAUUCCAGAGAUGUGUAACUGCACCUUCAGCAGUUUUUCAAAUUCUGCUCACAGAAGUACAAGAAUUUAUUAAUGAAACUGAGGAAAAGCUAAUUUUGUGAUGUUACGUUAAAUGUGCACAAAACGUAACAAAUUAGCCAUUAUGAUCGCAAAAAUGUUGAUUACAGUUGUAAUAUUUGUUAUCCAUUUAAGUUCACUUUGUGACUAUUCAAAGUGGCAGUUCCUAAAAAUGUUUAGUAACAAAUUGUUGGUUUGAUGAAAUGAUUGUCGUUCCUAUAAUCUGGCCGUGUUGUGGUACAUUAUGUAGGACACAAUGAACCUUAACCAGUAUAUACACACGCAAUAAAAUGUUCUCAAACCUU